AGAAAGUAAGCAAUGCAUAUCCAAGUCUGAGUGUAUACCUGAUGGAGGGGAUCCUGCCUGGUACUCUUACCAAGUCAGUUGGGCAAAAAACGCGAGGACGCAGAAGACCAAGAAAGAGAUCAAUACACCGCUUUGAGGGGGAACAGAAUAUUCAAUCAGAUGCUGAAAGUGAAACUCAGAAAUGGAAUACUGGAGAUCCUCGGCUUGUGCCCAAGAAAUCAAACAAGUUUAAAUGCAGUCUCAAAAGUGGUCAGUCACCCUCUCUGUGUGAAAGUAAAGACAUGGCAUUUGAAGUGAAAGCUUUGAAGAUUCAAGGGGUGAUAGUGUCACGAAAGGUAGUGAACCCACAGUCGCAAGAAGGAAUGUCUUCAAUAAAGAUUAAAAGCAAACCUUUUUCUAAAGAACCUUCUCUGGAGAGAAAUAGUCAACAAGGAAUAAUAGGUGUGCAAAGCCUAUCUGAAGGACAGUGUGCAAUGGAAACUGGACAUGAAUAUUCUGAAAGAAUUCAUGCUGAUGAUUACAAUGGUGUAGGUUCUUUUCUGGAAUCUGGAUCAAAUGUUCUUGAAGGUUUCAAUGAAAGACAACAGCAAAGUGAGCCAAGUGAAACAGAGGAAUUGACUCCUGUCAGUGCAUCUACUGUAUCUGAAAAGUCUCGAGUAAUGAUAAGUGAACCAGUGACAAGUGAUAUAGCUAUUCUUGAGGAAAAAGAUGUCUAUAUUUCACCUCCAGAUGUUCGAGAGGUAUUCCGAAGCAGACCCAGGCACAGACGAAGCAAGUUAUUCAAUGCAGCAAAUUUGCCAUAUGUGAUGCAAUCAGAACAGUUCCUAAAGGUUAACGGACAUCGUAUCUUUGAUGCAGGAGAUGAAAACGAAGAGAAAGAUGAGAACCUCUCCAGAGGAGAAGAAAGAAAAGAGAGCUAUUCAUGUAACAUGAUUGCUGAACCUACUUCUCCCAAUCAAAGAAUGUUCUUUGAUGGGGUAGGUGAAUCCCAAGAAACAAAUAAUUGUGAGCCCUUUGUUUUUCAGCUUUGGCCAUCCUUGGGAGCAGGUAAACUCAAAUAUAUUUGAGGCAGCUGAUCAACUUAAACCGGCAUAAAAUAUUCAGAUGGUUUUCUUCAAAUGCAAAAUCUGUAAAGAAGAAGGUGAGACGUAGUGCCCGACUGUCUGGCUGCAUGGAGUAAAGAAGGACUGAGCUGGGUAAAUGUAAAAAGCUCUGAACACUUGGAGAAAAGAAACAAGAGUGCUAGAUUGAGCAGAAGAUCAUUAGGGAUCAUUGAAUCAGAGAGUAAGUUGCCUAGUGCCAAAGACGUUGAGAGCAAAACUGCAACCCAGGCAAGGAUAAGGAUACUCCGUCGAAGGUCACUGUCCUGUAACAGAGAGAGAGCCUUUGAGUUGGAAGAACCUCUCCGGAAAAGCAUUAUGUUGGACUAAGGUUAUUUUCAAGAACGACACAGGAAUUGAAGAAAUGAGAGAAUUAUGUGUAACGACUAUUCUGACAACGAUUUAAAGAAGAUGAAUCAAAAUGGGACAACUGGAAGUGAUACCCAUCUUGGUUAUUUAGAAGAACUCUUUACAUAUUCUUUGCUGAUGAAAGGUGUAGCAGGUGCUGAAUUUCAACACUGGCAGAUCUACAACUAUAUAUUGAACUCUAAAGAUAUUUUUGUUUGGCUGUAUUGUACAACAGUUUUGAGAUGAAUCGUUUGUUGCGGAAUGUGAUAAAAAUUUUGCUUGUUUUUUUAUGUGAACCACUUUUGCCUGCUCUUGUCAUUUAAAGAAAAAUCAGUUGUGGCAAUAAUUCAAAUAAAU